UCUUUCCGUCAAUGCAACUCCUUGCUUCCCACGAUGGCAAUAAAACAGGAUAUUUGCAAUCUUCUCGUGACGGACUAAAACUAGAUUGAUUUAGACUUAUUUGACAGAAACUACAAGACAACUACAGACGAACAAAUAAAGUAUUGUUUAUACCGUGGCAAUCAUUGGACUGGACUUGACUGCGUUUUAAAACUUCGUACUGCUUGCGAAAAAAAAAAAAAAAUUUUAAUCAGAAAAAAACGACUUCAAAAUAUUUCAUUUAAAAUGCAAAAACUUCUUCAAAAAACAACCGACGUCAUUAUCCCUGGAGACACCGGAAACACCGACUGAAGCCUCGAUUCUGUAAAGUUAAACGGAAGUGACAUUGCAGUGUGAAGUUUUAUUGCCUGACGGACUAAAUUCUCUCAGAGCAACAGACGUCACAAUCAAGGGACCUGUUUACUAUUUGACGGACACUACAAGGGACGACUCACGCCGCCCCCGCCCUAACAUUGACUUGACAGUAUGUACAAGGGGGAAGACAGUUUUGGCAGACUCGAGGGCAGCUAUGAGCUGUACAAGGCAGAGGCGGACACGCACUUCAAGCAGCACGACUUUGUCAACGCCAUCGCUUGUUUUACCACGGCUCUCCAACUCCGGCCCGACGACCGCAUCUGCCUCGUUCGGCGCUCCAAAUGUCACCUCAUGCUCGGGGACACGGCCAAAGCUUUGCAGGAUGCCGAGGCGUCUCUGUUGGAGGACAAGAACUAUCAUAGGGGAAUGUUCCAAAAAGCAGAGGCUCUCUACAACGCUGGGGAUUUUGAAAUGGCGCUGGUGUAUUAUCACCGUGGCAACCGACUGCGACCUGAACUGCUGGAGUUCCGGCUUGGAAUUCAAAAAGCGCGGGAAGCCAUUAUCAACUGUGUUGGAACACCAGACAGAGUGAAAUUAAACACCACGGGGGAUUUAUCGUUCUUUAAUGCACAGGACGAGAAAAAGAAAAGAAAAGUGUUUGGCUCUGCCUGUGUAAAACGGCCGCAGCAGGUCGUCAGGAGAAAGAAAGAGAAGCCUAACAAUGAGAUGACCAUUAAACAGAUGCUUGGGGACCUGUACGGCGACAGACAGUACUUGGAGAAAUUACUGAAAGAAACUGACAACACAAGUCUCACUGGAAAACACAUUAACAGACUCGUACAGGAUGGUUUGCAUUACCUGGACACUAGGACAGAGUUCUGGCAACAGGUGAAGCCCAUGUACGCCAGAAAGUACGAAGCCAUACUAGCACUGAACAGAGGGCGACAGGCCAAAACAUCGCCUUACGACCACAUUGUAGGAGAACUUGAGAAAGUCAACAAACUGAUGCACGAAAAUAAUUACGAGGGUGUUUUGAAGAAAUGCCAGCGUGUGAUGGGCACCUUAGAUAGUAUUAGCGAGGUCCACCUGCCCAACAAGAUGACCUUCAAGGCUCACAUUCACAGCAUCAUGGGCAACGCCUAUUUGGAGAUGGGGGAUUACGUCAAUGCAGCGGUGCAGCAUCAGAUGGACCUGACCAUAGGCGAAGAAGUUGGAAUUGAUGAUGCUGAAUGUCGUGCCCUGGACAAUCUGGGUCGUGUGCACGCGAGAAAUGGCAAGUACCAGAAGGCAAUAGACGUGUGGGAACGCAAGCUGCCCAAGAGUAAAAGCACCUUAGAAACCACGUGGCUAUGUCACGAGAUCGGGCGAUGCUACUUGGAACUCGGACAGUCUAGGAGCGCCAAGGAGUACGGCGAACGAGCAUUGCAGUCGGCAGUAGAGGCUCAAGAUGAUCGCUGGAAGCUGCACGCCUUGGUGUUGAUCUCCCAAGCUGAAGUGAAAUCCCAACGAUUGUCGUCUGCUCUGAUCAGUUUUGAGAAGGCGUACGAAGUAGCUGGUUUACUAAUGGACGAGGAAGCUCAGGACGCCAUCACCAAGGCCAUGAACGAGGUCAACAUGAAGGUCUUAGAUCGAGAGAUUGAGGGCGGGGAAGAAGUGGACCCCGUUUAUCGAGCUGACUUUGAAAAGUGGAAGGCGGAAGUUGGAGAAUCUGGAAAGGAAGAACAGACAGCACCUGCAGCUGAAGCCAAGGUGGAGGAGUCGGACCAGAAACCUUCGACACAACUCAUCUCCGCAGCAGUUCCGAGCGUGACCGAGAAAUCGUGAAAAAAAAAAUGGCUGAUUGAUUGGAUGAUACACAGAUCAAGUGUGGAAAAAAAAGGAAAUUUUAAUCUAUUUUACAAUCUAAAUUUCACCAAACAAUUAUACGAAAUGUUUUAUUUAUAAAUAAAUAAAAUGCAGUAAAAGGGAAUUAAUAAUGUGAAAAA